AUGUCUAAUACCCUUCGACCAAAGAAACCACCAACUUUGCCCGUAUCUGCAGACUGGUGGUGGAUAAAUUUAGGAAAUAUUCAGCCUCAUCGAAAAGGUUGGGGGCAGGUUCCUGAUAAAGCAGAUCGGUCGCUGUCAGCUAACAUUGACCGUCUACGCGUUCAGAGAAAUGAGGCGUAUGGACAUGCAAAGUCCGCCUCUCUCUCUGAUGUGGAUUUUCAGGCGAGGUGGACUGACAUCCGCCAAAGUAUUGAAGAUCUACAGAAUGGUGUUCAUAUCACGGGGAAGUUUGUGGCGGCUAUGAAUAACAUAGAAACCAUGAGGAUGGACCCCAGUACAGAGAGCAAUUUUAUAGCUCUGGUAAAGGAGAUGGAAGGAGAAAUCAGUGAUGUAAAAGAGCGACAAGAAAAGAUGACAACCGACAUGGACAACCUAAAAGGUAUAAAAAUGUAA